AUGUCGCGUCCGCCUAUCUACCCUUUCAUCCUCCUUUUUUGCUUCUUCCACCUUCCCUCUGGAAUCCAAUCCAAUGACCUUCAAAUUCUCAUGAAACUAAAAUCCGCCCUUCAAACAUCAAACACCAAUGUCUUCAGUUCUUGGGAAUCCGGAAAUUCCAUAUGCAACUUCACUGGAAUCUCCUGCAACUCCGACGAUUCCAUUACAGAAAUCGAACUUUCAUACCAAAAUUUAACCGGGGUUCUUCCUCUUGAUUCCAUAUGCCAGCUCCAAUCACUAGAAAAGCUCUCAUUCGGGUUCAACUACUUGCACGGUCCAAUUAUGGACGACUUGAAAAAAUGUGUCAAAUUGCAAUACUUGGAUUUGGGCAACAAUUUGUUCACAGGAUGGUCGGUUCCAGAAAUAUCCUCUCUAAACCAAUUACGGUAUCUACAUCUGAAUGCAAGCCGAUUUUCCGGGACUUUCCCAUGGAAAUCACUCCAAAACAUGACCGGUCUUGUUUGGCUGAGCCUUGGAGACAAUCCUUUUAAUCCUUCUCCAUUUCCAAACGAGGUGUUGCUGCUUACUAACUUGACUUGGCUUUACCUAUCAAACUGCGGCAUCCAAGGCACAAUUCCAGCAGAGAUUGGAAACCUUAAAGAGCUAAUCAACUUGGAGCUUUCCGUCAAUAACAUGACGGGGGAAAUCCCAGUUGAGAUCGGGAACCUAGUCAACCUGUGGCAGCUUGAGCUCUAUAACAAUUCAUUCACAGGAAAACUUCCUAUCGGUCUAAGAAACCUCACGAAGCUUGAAAUGUUUGAUUUUUCGAAUAACUAUCUUGAAGGCGAUCUAUCUGAGUUGAGGUUCUUGAAUAACCUGGUUUCUCUGCAACUAUUUCAAAACGAGCUAUCUGGCCAGGUACCGGCCGAGUUCGGCAACUUCACGAAGCUUGUGGACCUUUCUCUGUAUAGAAACAACUUCACUGGUCCGCUGCCUCAUAACCUUCUCUCCUGGGCUAAAACUAAUUACAUCAACAUCGCUGCAAAUUUCUUUACCGGUCCAAUUCCACCAGAUAUGUGCAAGCAAGGUACUAUGAGGUCGCUUUUCGUGUUUGAGAACUAUCUCACUGGUGAAAUUCCAGCAAGUUAUGCCAAUUGUUCCACUUUACGUCGUUUUAAGGUCAGCAAUAACUCACUCUCGGGUAAAGUUCCUAUUGGAAUCUGGGGAUUACCAAACAUGAACCUAAUUGAUAUCUCGUUGAAUGAUAUUGAAGGCCCAAUUACAUCUGAUAUCAAAGUACUUAAGGGUAAUCAGUUGAGAACUAUUGUCUUCAAUGGCAAUAAUUUGAAAGGGCUAUUACCAAAAUCUUUUAUCAACUGUACAAAUCUGGAAGUUCUUGACCUUGGAAACAACAAGAUUAAUGAUUUAUUUCCUUAUUGGUCUGAAGCUCUUACCAAUCUGCAGGUUCUUGUCUUGAAAUCCAACAAAUUCCAUGGACCUAUAGGAAAUCAUAACAGUAGUGGGGUGUUUUUCUUUAAGCUAAGAAUUCUUGACUUGUCUCACAAUGAGUUUACAGGUCUUUUACCAAGAAAUUAUUUUGAAAAUUUCAAUGCCAUGAUGAUGAUUAAUGAUGAAGACAGACUUGAACCACAUUAUAUGGGUGAAAGUAGUCAAUAUCAAGAUUCGGUGGUGGUGACAGUGAAAGGGUUGGAAAUUAAUCUACAGAGAAUCCUAACCAUCUUCACAACAAUUGAUUUAUCAAGCAACAAAUUCGAAGGAGUGAUUCCAGAAGAACUUGGAAGGCUUACAGUCCUUCGACUACUGAACCUUUCCCAUAGUAGCGUAACUGGCCAUAUCCCAUCAUCAUUGGCAAAAUUGACAGCACUUGAAUCCUUAGACCUUUCUUCAAAUAGCCUCACUGGAGAAAUUCCUUUGCAACUAACAGAUCUAACAUUUUUGGCCAUGUUAAAUCUUUCACAAAACCAGCUUAUUGGACCCAUACCUCAAGCCAAACAAUUUUCUACAUUUGAAAACAACUCCUAUGAUAGAAACCUAGGAUUGUGUGGAUUUCCAUUGUCAAGUAAAUGUGGCACUAAUGAGCUGACACAACCAGCACCACCAUCAACAUUCCAAGAAGACAAUGAUUCAUUGUUUGCAAGCGGAUUUGGUUGGAAGGCUGUGUUAAUCGGCUAUGGAUGUGGCUUGUUGUUUGGAUUAGCUAUUGGAUAUGUUGUGUUUAAAAUAAGAAAACCUAAAUGGCUAGUAAGGUUCAUUGAAGGAAAACAAACGGACAAGAAGAGAAGGCCUAAUAAUCGAAGACCUGGACAAAGAAGAAAUUAA